GCCCGUCCCUCCCUCCGGAAGUGCGGACAUCUGCACCGGGCCUUGGUGGUCGCGGUUGAGGAGCUCAAGCCUGGGACAAUGGUGUGCAUUCCUUGUAUCGUCAUUCCGGUUCUGCUCUGGAUCUACAAAAAAUUCCUGGAGCCGUACAUAUACCCUCUGAUUUCCCCCUUUGUCAGUCGUAUGUGGCCUGGAAAAGCCAUACGAGAAUCCAAUGAUAAAAACAAAGGCAAAGGAGACUAUAAGGGUGCAGACAUGAAUGGAUUCCCAAUAAAAGGACCAACAGAAAUCUCUGAUAAAAAGAAGGACUGAAGUGAUUGUCCCAAAGGAUCUCAUUGUUUUAAAAAUGGACCUAAUAUGAAGCACCUUCUUU